UGGGCCUGACUGCACCAGCCCAACAGCCAACUCUACACUUGCCAGCGUCAACCACAGACCGUGUGACUCGAUUGUCUGUCCAACCUGGCCCGCACGUCAACCGCUUAUCGUCGCUCCUCUUCUCACCUCGUCGCCCUUUCAUCGUCUCACCCUUCAUGUUCAGCUAGCACGCACUGUCCCGGCUCAGGGCCACCGCCUUGAGCCUUUAAUCAAAGAGACCAGACUUUCCGCAGUACACACCUCGCGAAACCUGCAAACACAUAGGAGUGAACGUAGACCCGAGACCAUCACAGGAUGGAAUCGAGCCAUGAGGGAGACGAUGGCAGUCAAAAGAUGAAAAGAGCGGGACAUCACACACUUCUGGCCAAACACUUACAGGGAAAGAAGCCGGAAUGGGAUGCUAUCUCUUCACAGAAACAACCGCUACGUCUCCUUGACCUGCCUAUGGACAUUCUACAAGCCAUUCUCAAGGAACUCACCCAUACUAACGAUCUCACAUCACUCGCCCUCACCCACUCUGCCCUGCAUGCCCUUGUCAUCCCACACAUCUACUCCAGAUUUGAUAUUGUCUGGCCUGAUGCGAAUGCCACUUUCGAGAAUCGCAUGGGAGUUGAUGCUUUGACAUAUGGAUUGGCAACUCUGGUCAUGGCCCAGGACGUCUUUGGUGAGGCCCCAUACCAGCAACAGUCUCUGCACCAGUGUCAACAGUGUGGACACCACAAUCACCCUACACCUCUCAACUCCGACGGCCCUCGAAAGAUACGACGUGGCAACCAUUUUGCUCAGUAUACCAAGAAGUUCAGUCUGGGGAAUGGGCCGGCGGAUUGGGUUCAAGAGUAUCUCAUAACCAAAGAAGGCGGCAAAAUGCUCGGUACACUCGUUGCUCUUGCAAUUGGGAGAAUGCGAAAUCUGGAAGCCUUCAUUUGGGAUAUGCCCACUGGUGUUCUCCGAGAUGUAUGGCUGGCUCUCGCUUCUCUUGGUAACCGCGACGAUGGGCAAGAAUGUCGUUUGGAACGGAUAUGGGUUCGAUGGCACGAUAACCAAGAUCAAGGCCCGUUGGCUUCCCCGCCACUACCAGGAGCCGGUCCCGGUGCGCAUGUUUCGAACUUGCCAUCCAUUCUAGCUGGCACAGCAACGUCCUUGUUCCAAAUCCCUCCAUACCCUCGCGUUGAAUUUCCGACCUUUUCAAUAUUGCCUCCCCUCCGAAGUCUUAGUGCCCUAGACAUUGAUGAGUUGCCCUACGCCGAGGAAAUGAGUGUUCUUAUUGAGAGAUCACUUGACAAGAUGGAAGAACUACGAGUAGGGAUGGCUCCACACGCCCAAUACGACAUAUGGGCCCGGCCAACAGAUAAUAGAGCCCCUGUCUUGCAGCCUUUGAUGUCCUCGCCAAGCGAUCAAACGCCGAGGCCUGGGGGAAUUCUGGGGAUUCUCGUGCAUCGAUUCUGCGAUCCAUUCGUUCAAGAUCGAACCAAAGACUUCACUUCUGACCCUGAAGCACAAGAAUACUCGAUCCAGGAGGUCGAUGAAUCCCACAACCCGGAAAAUGGCAAAGAUGUCGCUGAGGUCCAUAGUCAGGCGAUGGAUGUUGAGCAUCUGGGUGCUAUUCUUUCGGCUCAGAACCUCGAAGAUGAGGAAUCGGAUCCAGCACCGAAAGAAAAUACCUCUCUCGAGCAGCGUCACGUUCCAGAACAGAGCAAUCUUCGAAAUGCUGGGGAAUCAUUCGACGACCCCUAUCAAGAAAACCGUCCUUUCCGGAAGCUCCGCUUAAACACAUUGGAACUUGAGCGGGUGUAUCUUUCGAUUACAGUCUUGUCCAAAGCAAUUGACUGGUCAAGGUUGAAAACUCUCACUCUUCUGGGUUGUAGAAAUCAUGAGCAACUUUGGAAGGCACUCCGCAAACAAUUCACCCCCACCAGUCGAAGGAGAGUGUCAUCGACAGUCUUCAGGACAUCUGCCAACGGCUUUUCGAAGAUACCUACCGAAACGGCACCGUCAUCUUUGGAACCUGCUCCAUCGGACUAUCCGCUUGGACUCAAGAGGCUUCAUACCGACACUGUUUCGCCUUCGUUGAUCGCAUUUAUCAAAGACACACUUGCACCCGAUAGUCUUGAGUGGCUUUUCUUGCAAGCUAACCCAACUUACAAGUCUCAAGUCACAAUAGACAUGAUAUACAGGGGCGCUAUUCGCAGACACCGCGGAAGUCUCAGGAAAUUACUCAUUGACAGCACGUUGCGAACCGAAGAUCCAGACCCUCCAGACACGUGGAGACGAUGGGUCUUUAAUCGUGAAUUGAUAACUUGCAUCACGAGCGGAAAGAUGAAGCUUCGGGAGCUGAGUAUGUCGAUCGACUACAAAGACUGGCACCACUUCCUUCGACGACUGCCCAAUGCGACAACCUUGCGGUCAUUGCACAUUUCACACAUUGCCGAGCAUGUCAAUGGCACAGUCCACUCACGCGACGCGGCAUUGCAAGUCCUCGACAUUGUCGCGCUAAGACCAGAACUUGAGCUGUGUUAUUUGGGUAUACAAACGCAUUGUUACGAAAUUCUCGAGUACGCCAACACGCGGAAAGGACCUGUCUUGACUGGUCCGAAUGGAUCGGGAAGCGGCGGUCACUCUGGUGAGGACGUUGAUACCGACCAGGAUGCGGGACCCGCUGGCGGGGAUGCCCAUCCAACACCUCAAGGUCAUCACCACAGUCAUCGCUUCUCUCAUGACGACGACGAGGAUGGAGACAUGGAUGAUACGAGUGACUUUGAAGUUGUCUCAAGUAGUGAUGAAGAAAUGACCGACGAAGAGGGCUUGCAAGGGUCGAAUUCGAACGUGCCAAAGCCGACCUGGCGGUUACGCGAGAUUCUCUUUUAUGACGAUAAAAUUUCAAUCUUCAAAGCAAGGCAUGGAAGAUUAUAACAGUGUUCAAUCUAUGACUCAGAACUACAAGGACUGGUUGAUACAAAUGGGUAUAAGAACGAAUAUCGAAGUGACAUGCUCAUUUCGGAAACGAUGGUCGGAUGUAUCUCGAAUGGAUUGAUCCAGUCGUCAGAAUAGCCACCUUCAAACGAACAAGCAGGCUUUCAUGAACGCUGGACACGCAAAGGGCAAAGUUCUCCUCUGCGUGGGUAUGAAGGAUUUUGGCGAGUUCACUGAACCGAGACGAAAGAAGAAUCCCACUCAGCAGGGCUCACGGCUUAUGGGACGGGCUCAAGUCAUGUUUACAUCCGUUAGAAGUUGGCUCAUGAAGGUUUGCUGGCUAGGUUGAAAGGCUCCCGGAUGGACUUGACGGCCUCCAUGUCUGUCCUCCUCGGUGACGAACCAAAGCCUGCCUGGUAAGUGAGGAAAGGGCCUUAUCAUCCUGGGACUGGUGAAGGAAAUAACGAUAAAGGGAUUGAUGAUGAAUGGUAACGAGAGUUCGAAUCGACAGGACAUCAUACGGAUCAGGCAAGGUCUAGCUAGGGGGUUAAUUAGUUGAUUGCAAGCGUUUGUAGAAUAUAUUCA